AUGCCCAUCAUCAGCAAUGCCAACCAUGACUUGAGCAAUCUCUCAGUCAGCACAGACAACAGCAGUCUUGACCUGUCUUUCUCUGAAAUUCCAGAGAGCGAAACCAUCAAAGGUGUGUACUUUCAACGGGCCCAGCGACUACACAACAUUUUGGCCUUCAGAGAUGUUGACCACAGUAAACUAGCCCUUAUCAACGUCGGAGGAGAUCGCUACACAUUUCCUUGGAGCACACUGGAGCAAUUCCCACUCACUCGUUUGGGACGGCUGUGUCACUGCAGCAGCCCAGUUGAUAUCGCUCAGCUUUGUGAUGAUUAUGAUGAGGCCCAGCGAGAGUUCUUUUUUGACCAUAGCUCGGUGGCCUUCCAGGUCAUCUUAAACUUCCUGGCUGCAGGGAAACUGAGGCUGCUGCGUCAGGUGUGUGCUGUGUCACUGUCUGACGAACUCACCUAUUGGGGCAUCGACCCUGUUCACAUGGAACGCUGCUGUCGGCGCAAGUUGUUGUCCCGUGUGGAGGAAGUAGGAGAGAAGAAAAGGAAUGAGGAAGAGAGGAGGCAGAAAAGGCUAGCCCUACAGAGCCCAUUAGCACAAGAGAAGGGCUACAUCUGGCUCAUGAGCCGGCUGCAAGAAAUAGUGGAAAACCCUCAUUCUGGCUGGCUUGGGAAAACAUUUGCCUGUUUCCCAGUGGUCAUGAUUGCUGUGACAGUUAUCAGCUUGUGUAUCAGCACCAUGCCUGAUCACGAUAACAGGAGAAGACCCCCGAAGAUGCCAGAUCAGAGUCGUGCAGUCUUUUUUGCAGCAAGGUUUGGAGCGAGGGCUGUCUCCCUCCACCCUCAAAGUCAAUGUCGCAGCAAUCGCUGCUAA